CGUCCCAUGCGCCUUUGCGAAACUCCCGGAAGCAAAAAGGUCGCAAACUCGCAAAUAGCAUCUUUGAACUGACGACACUGUAGAGUUCAGUUACUGACGAGGACAGAAUAAAAAUUAGCCAUGCUGGGACAAGUUGUGCGGCGAUUUACAACGUCUGUUGUUCGUUCUUCGCAUUAUGCUGAAGGACCUGGCCAGAACAUGCCAUUUUCUGUGGCAAACAAGUGGCGUCUGCUAGGGCUAAUGUUGGUGUUCUUUGGCAGCGGCUUUGCAGCCCCCUUUAUUAUUGUCAGACAUCAACUGAAGAACUAAAAUGGACCAGUGGUGUCCUCCUUU